UCGCCAGACGUGCGGUUCACAACUGUCGGCGGCGCGAGAGCUUCAACAUCUCUCCAGCUCUUGAUUGCAUUUCACGCGAGCAAAGCUUUUCAUUGUUCGAGAUUCGUCUCCUUUCUGGAUCAACAUGAAGACUGUGUUGAUUCUUGCUCUUGUGGUAACGAUGGUGGCUGCAAAGGGAGUUCCCUUUAAGCCCGGAUGCCCGAACCCGAAUCAGGGCAGGCAGUGCCUCCUGCCCCACCGCGACCAGUGCCAGACGGACUUUGACUGCGAAUUGCAAGGACCUGCAAAUGCGGUUGCAAAGAAAGUUUUGGAACGUGGUCUAUACUGUGUAUUUAAUGUUCGCUCCCCCCCCCCCCCCCCCCCCCCCGCGAAAUCCACACUCAGAUGCCCCAAUCCGGUGGUGGAAGGCCUGCGCUGCAUCCACUACCACCACUCGUGCAACGUCGACAGCGAGUGCGACGGCGGCCGGAUCUGCUGUCUCACGGCCGGGUGCGGCAGGAGUUGCAAGGAAGGCUAAGCGCAGAUUUCUUCGCCUAACCAAUGCAAGACCGAUGACCAGAUGCAGACGAAGGACCUAAAUGAAUCUUUCUUUUGGACUUAUAUCAGUUGUUUACUUAUCUUGGAUUCUGGAGGACUUGUAGUUCGUUUAGUCUUUGAGGAGUAGAUGUUCUUUUUUAAUAGUAUGUUUUUUUUCGGGGGGGGACUGAAUUCUAGUGUAAAAUCAAGGAAAUAUGUAAGCAAAUAAACCAUAAACUUUC